GACACUUGACAUGCAAGACAAUAUACCUACUUGAUGAUUGGCGACUGUCGUUGAUACUUAGGCCAUAACAGGCUUUUAUUUUUUCCUGUAUUUAUUUUAAUCGAGAUAUAUCGUCCUAGUGAUAUUGUCAGGAUUUUUCGUGCCUAUUUCUUAAAGUAAAUAUCACUGUUUGAACAUUUAAGAAAAUUGUUUGGUUUGUCAUUCGCAACGUUAGUGAUGGCUUUACCGUUGCCUAUUCCUCCGUGCGCUAAGAGGGAUGGUCUUAGUGGUUUAAGUUGUGAACAGUUCGACUAUGCCAGUACCAUGGCCACAACAUUGUUAGCACCGGUUAAAACUGAACGUCAGAUAUUUGAGCAUUCUAUGUCGGAAGAUGAUCCUAAUGCAAAUACCCAACCACCUAGUGAGGUUGGGCCGAUGCCCCGUUGGGGGCCACAACAUCGCGGAGCGAAAGAACUAGCUGAACUCUACAGUCCAGGAAAAAGGCUUCAAGAAUCAGUGUGUGUGGUGGUUUGUUGCACACUGUGUUUAUGUGCUGGUGUUCUCAUGGCCAGACACAUACGUGCGGAUGCAUCAUUAUUUUUAGCAGCAAUUUCUGGUGUUUUAACAGCAGAUUUUGCUUCAGGCGUAGUGCAUUGGGCUGCUGACACUUGGGGAGCAGUUGAUCUUCCCUUAAUAGGCAAAAAUUUCUUGCGCCCAUUUCGCGAACAUCACAUCGAUCCCACUUCGAUAACUCGACAUGACUUCAUUGAGACCAAUGGCGAUAACUUCGCCAUCACUAUACCCGUGUUAGCAAGGAUUGUAUGGCAGCUUGCUACCUAUGACGAUAGCAAUAUCAAUGAAGAAUUUCACUGGAUUGCUUAUUGGUACUUGUGUUGUAUCUUUGUAGCAAUGACUAAUCAGAUUCACAAAUGGUCGCAUACGUAUUUUGGUCUACCUAUGUGGGUUGUUUGGUUACAAGAGUGGCACAUAGUGUUGCCCCGUCGCCACCACCGCAUACAUCACGUAGCGCCGCACGAGACUUACUUCUGCAUCACCACUGGCUGGCUCAACUGGCCCUUGGAAAAGCUACACUUCUGGUCUACUUUAGAGACUGUUAUAGAAGCCCUGACUGGCUGCAAACCUCGUGCAGAUGACAUGAAGUGGGCUCAAAAACGAUCCUAGAACCUGAACUUGGAAUGGUAAUUAAAGUUUUAUACAACUGAUACUCGUCCACAUUUGCCGAAUCAAUUUAUAUCUAGGUUAAAUAUUUUGCUAAGAAAGACAAGCGAUACUUUAAUACAUAAGACCUACCAUAAGUAGCCUACCUUUACUUAUUAAUGUGACUCGAUUGAUUUCAUUACUUUCUUUACAUCUGGAUAUAUUUUAUGUAUUACUAUUGUAUAGGAUCAUGCAUGAUAGUCUUUAUUUCUUAUACCCAUCGACAAUAACAGUCUAAUAUAAAUGCUAUAUAGCACAUACAUUAAGGUCAAAUAUGUUUUUUUUGCAAGUAUGCCUUUUGCGUGUUGUUAAAUGUAUGAGAAUUUAAGUGUUAAGAAACAGCAAUUCUAUAGCUUUAAACGUACGUAAUUGUACAGUUGUACCAAAAGAGGGUCAUUUUGUUUUGAAUAUUAAUAAUGUUUUUUCGUAUCUUUAGAUCAAGUAAGUAUUUUUCAGAACAUUUAUUCUAUAAGUAUUCGAAUUAACGAACCGGUGCUAUAUCUACAUAACGUUAUAACACAACUUAGGUAUACUAUAUUUAUACAAAUUAGUGUAAAUGUACAAGCGUGAUGAAUAUGAUUUUUAUUUUAAACAAGUCCCGUUAUUAUAGUUUUUGUUGUCCCUCGUAAUAAUUACUAUUGUGAUUAUUACGGAAUACGAGUAUAUUUAUACACGAGGUAUGAAAAAGACAGUACAAUCGCCGCCAUUACGAGUAAAAAUUCCCAUAGAAAAUAACAAUAAGACAAGUGAUUAUUCAUUUCGAUUAUUAUUGAUUCAGUUUCAUAAAUAUUGGUUCAUUUCCUUUUUUCCACGCUACGUGUUACAGUACGGUACCUAUUGAUUAUAAGUUGUAAUUGGUGCUGUUAUUUGCAGUAAUAGUCUAGAAGUACUAAAUCUCUAUUAAUAUUAUGCCUUAAAAUAAUUGCGUAACCGAGAGAUCACUCAUCGUACCUGACGUUUUUAUCUCCGUCAGACUAGGAAAUAUUCCAGCCCCAAUUCCGCUAUUUACAAUGGCUGAUGAAUGACUGGAAAUUUGACAUCGUCUCCUAGCCUUUUGCCGACAUAAUAUUUAGAAUUUCAUUGUAUUGACCGUAAGCAUUUCGCCCCGUAAUCAAUAUUUCCAAAUCCAAUCAUUCAUCGAUCAUUGUGGCAACACAUUUUGUUAUAUUUUAAUAACAACUUACCAUGUAAAGAAAUAUCACAUUUUCGGCAAUAGGAAAGUUAAAGUUAGGUAGUUAAGAAAUAAUACGUCGAUUAAAUAUCAGACAAUAAAGACGACGAAUGUAAACGACUUGUUGGGAUAAGGGAACAGACCAUCAUGCAUGACUUAGCUAGGCUGAUUGAGGAGGCAAUAAUUAUGUUGAAGGUGCAUAGUAAAUUAAGAUUUUAUAAUACAUACCUACAAUCGGGAUCGGAAUCCAGCCUUUGAUGUUUUGUGAUAUUAUUGAGUAAAAAUGUUAGAGCUGUAACUUUUUCAAUUACAAUCAUAAGUACACAUUCAUGUCGAUAACGACAAAGCUCUGUCAGGAGGUACUAAACCGAUUAUAUCGAUUUCUGAAAUAUUUUAAUUUACAAAUCGAUAACCAACAAAGACACCUUACACGACUUAUUUAAAAUCAAGAUUAAUAACAAUAAGUUCGCAAAUUAAUCUUUAUUGUGAUAUGUAUAUAUAUUUAUAUACCUAUAUGGUUUUACGUAAAUGGCGUCUAUGCUAUGUAUGUAUGAUGUAUUGAUAGAUGUAUAACCACUGUGCACAUGUGUAACUGUUAUUUUGUAAAGGAAUUGAACUAGGAAAUUGUUGCUUUGGGUGAUAUCCAAAAACUGUGUUAUGUCAAUUAAAAAAUAAUUUACAAAAAUUGAGUCUAGGAAACGAAGGUAAAUUUAUAAAAUUCGACAAAAAUAAGAAGUGAAAUUUCAUAUCUGGAAUAUAUAUUAAUUGGAAUUAAAAUAUGAAACUAUUUGUUGGUGAUAUGAAAAAUGUUGGCCGUCCUCUAAAGAACAAGCUUUCUUGAAUUUUAGACAAUUUCUUUUACGCGUUAUGACUAAAUUUUGAUAUGUUAUAACGAGUUGUUUAAGAUUAAGAUAUUUAAAAAAGCGUUAGGUUUAAGAGUUUUGUUAUUUUGGCAAUAAAUAUAUUUUGUAAAGACUCAAUUGAGUUUAGAUGAUAAUAUUUAUUUUUAUAGCAAGUGGAAAAAUACAAGAUAUUUUCUCAGUAGAAAUAUCUUCGUUCUCAUAUAAGUUGAUAGAAGUUUUGAAAUGUCGAGCCUAUGUUUAAACCAGGGCGCCGAUUCUGCUAUUAACAAUGGCCGAUGAAUGAAUGGCAAUUGGAUUAAAUUUGAAAUUAUUCCUAUUCUCCUUAUAAUUUUGCCAAUACAAUAAUUGGAAAUUUAUUGUGUAGGCUUAAGAGAUUACGAAAAUUGACAUUUUAAGCCAAAUUUCAUUCAUUCAUCUUCCAUUGCAUAUAGCAGAAUUGGGGUCCACGCCGAUGGUGUAAUUAAUAGAAUUUGAAAAAAAAAAUGUAAGUCAAACCAUGAUGUAUCUUCAUUCGCUCAUGGUUAUGAGAAUUCGAAUGCUACACAUUACUUAGACUGGCAACCUUUCAAGUAGGUCUACCUCAAGUUUGUCCUAGAACAAAAGGAUGACUUUUAAAUCGAGUCAUACUCAGUUUCACAAAUGCAGUUACUGAAACUGGAAGCACUGAGAAAAGUUAUAACACUUAUCCGUCCAAAACACAAAAAGGCACGUUUCGUCUCCUCGAUUUAACCUCUUAGCGCACAAAGGGAUUCUAUAACACUUAUGCAAUAAUUUAUAAUAUUUAGUUACAGUAUUAAUUAAUUUAUAAACGCGUAGUGGUGCUGUAUUUUUUAAAAUAAGUAAAUCACUUUUUUCAGAGGCUUUGGCAAAUCGUGGUAACUAUUAUGUAUGUUACCACUUAUCAGGAAAAAUAUUACAUGGUAACUAUUUUUUCUAAGUAACUACUUUCACUCAGCGUAACGAAAGGUAAAUUAUUGCGAAGUAGGUCUUACUACAAUUCUGUAGAUAUUAUCUUCAUAACAAUUUGUCGUUAAUUUUAAUACGGCCGACGCCGAUGUUUUGUGCGAUUAACUGCAGUUGUUUAGUCAUUUGUCGAUGGGCGUCGAAUUGUAUUGAGUGCCAAGUGAAAUCGCGUUAAUUAGUUAAUUAGUUUGCUAUCAUUUAACAGUCUUUUAUAAACUUUUUUAAAAUAAAUUACCUACCUCGCAUGCGAAAGAACCUUGUGCCGAUUGACUUAUUUGCCAAUAUUUACCCAUUUAUUGUUUAAAUUUUAACCAAUAUUAUAGAGAAAUAUAACAAAAUCUGUGUUUUGCCAUAAUUUGUUACUAACGUUUAUACUGUAGUUAUGAUCGAUAUCAAUCUAUUUACUGAAGUGACAUAAUAGUAUAAUAACAAUAGCGUCAUAAUAUACUUAGUGGGUACUAUUGGUUAUCAAACGGAAAUACCUAAAUUAUGUAUUAAUGCUUAUAAACAAACGAAACAAGAAUAUUUAUUAUUUGAUAUAAAUAUCAAGUCAAUUGUAAUUGUUCGAAGGUGUUCAAUGUAAAAAAUAUAUUUAUGUUAGGUAUUUUGAAUAUUAAAAGAAUACGAUAAUUUCCGGAUUACCACCAAAUUCCGUUUUGUCUAUAAUGUUGACGACACUGAAAACACUUAAAUUCACACGUUACUUAAGCCUAGCUAAUCCUAAACAUAUUACCUAACAAAAACAUGCAGAUAAGACGAAUUAAAGUCAAGAAGUGGGGGCUAGUUUUAUCACAAACCGUUGCAAAUUUACCGGUUGGUUACGUCAUGAGCCCCGACUUCUUAGACUUUAUUUUAUCUAAGUAGCUUUCUUAUUUUGACUAAACAAAUAAUAUUUGUCCAAUAAAUUUGUUAAUGUGCCUGACUAACGUUAAGAAUAUUUAACGGACCCAUGGUAAUAGUAAAUAUAUAGAUAAAAAUGAUUAAAUAACGUACCUAUUAUUGCAGUUAUGUCAAUCAACCAACUCGGUUGUUAGAACAGUGGCUGAGCCACCUUUGGAAAAUAUAGAUUUGAUGAGCUUGUUGAUACAAAUAAAAUAUUCCUAUUUAAUGCGAAGCUUAAUAAAUACUAUUAUUUAUAACAAAAUAGCUAUAUUUUAUAACCAACUGUCUCUAUAUUUUUCUUAAUCACAAAAAAUGUGCACAGUGCACGAAUUGUAGCUUAAUGUGAGACAAUAGCUAUUUUUAUAUUUGUUUAAAACUUAAGAUAAAGUGAUAUACUGUAGUUUAUCGUGUAACUAUUUUGUUCUCGUGCAUUUGAAAAAUACACAAAUUAGAUUUUAUUUUGGGCUAAACAAGCAAUGAAAGUAAUGUAGGUACUGCAAUGCUUUAAUAUUUUUAUUCUAAAAUGUGUGUAUUCAUUACACAAUUAAUGUAACGUUAAUUAUAUAAAGUAAAAUUGAA